GUUGCCAUUCUGACGUGUUGACGGUUUCCAGCGCGCGCGAGUUGCAUUCCAAAAACGCGGGAGUGUGGUGACCUCGCGAGCGGAGGUCGGAUUGGGCGUGGUCGCACGGAGCCUAUUUAAGGACCCGCCACACCUCUCCCGCUUCAGUCUACUCUGGGGGACGAGUUCGUCGAAGUACGCUUCAGCAUGAAGGCACUGGUGUUGUUGUUAUCAUUAACCUCGGUAUGUUGGUGCAAGCCAACUACUGUUGUGAACUUCAGCCCAGUAGGAAAUACCCCGGGAGUAGCCCCUGGGUUUGCCUAUGCCUUCCGGGCCCCAGCCCCACUUUACAAAUCGAAUCCCGUCAUCACAGGGGUUCAUCCUCCUAUACAGGACCCCCCUAGUAAUGGGAUUUCAGCCCCUGAAGAAGAGACCCCGACCGUCCUGAAGACGCAGUAUCACAGUCAGGAUUUGCUUGGACAGUAUGCCUUUGGUUAUGUCGGAGACGCCACAAUAGCCCAUGAGGUCAGGACUCGGGACGGAGCUGUUAGGGGCUCUUACACGUAUUUAGAUGCGAAUGGGGAGCUGCAGACUGCUAACUACAUAGCAGAUGACAAUGGCUUUCGAGUGGAGGCCACUAAUCUCCCAUCAGCGCCUAUAGCUCCUGCGAUGCCAAAAAUGCUUCUGCCUGAACCAGUGAAACCCACCCCAGAGGUUGAAGCUGCAACUGCUGCCCACUUGAAGGCUGUUGCCGAAAUCAAAGCAGCGCGCCGUACUUUGGAAGUUGAAGAGGCAGCAGCUGCUCAUUUAAAGGCUGUUGCUGAAAUCAAAGCGGCUAGAAGCAGACGUUCUCAGACCUCUGGGGCUGCAGUCAACAAAGUUCAUCACUCUUCAGUUCCCCUGGAAAUGUCUUACGUGCCUUUUGCAGCUCCAUCACUAAAUGUAAUCAAACCUCAUCCUACCUUGGUCAAAGCUCUGCCAAGUCCAUACCAUGUUCCCAAAACUGUCUCUGAAGCAAUUCCCUCUAAAGACUUUUCCCAGUUCCAUGCCCAUAAGGCGUCAGGUGGUUUUAAGUAUGGGUAUGGAGGCGGCCAUUCUUUGGAGCAUGAGGCCCAGUUACCUGAUGACGUCACCAGGGGAUCAUACACAUACAUUGAUACCAAUGGCAAAGUACGGAGGGUUUCGUAUAUUGCUGAUGAUGAGUUCGAUUUUAGGGCACUUCCCAAAGCCCCAUAUGAUCCUUGGGCCCCUAGAACGUUUGUAGCGUAAUUUUCUUUUUUUAAGUCCUAAGACCUUAAAGCUAAAAAAAAAAAAAAUACAGAUACAGAACUCUUUUUCAAGAAAGCUUCUAAUGAAGAGCAGAACACCUUUUCAUCGGUAAAUUUCCUCAACAUUUUUACUUACAGGGUCUGUGCAGUUACGUGAAUUGCAAAGAGUUUCAACAAACAAGUGAAUAUCACAUUGGUACUAAAAUUGUUCUUACUGACAGGCCUUAUGUAAUUUAUAUGAAUACCUACGACUUUCAUUGAAAACCAAUUACACGAAGGUGGAUACUAUGUUUGCUGUGUUUAUGCAGACUUGCCUUCAAUUGAGUUGUUCUCUCGUUCCAGUCUCCUGUAUCUGCCGGUCCAGCCGUGUGCAUGACGGCAGGACUGAUAAUUCCUUAAAGACAUUCUUUGGAGAGUCGAUUCAUUUCAGUUAAUUUAUUGUAGAUUUAGCCAUGGGUGGUGACCCCAAGUCCUGCCUCGAAGGUUGAUAGCUUCUUGGGCAUUGGCUAUUUAGUAUAUAUAAUAAUGGUCAUUUAGCUUAAAAUAAUUCUACCUUUCUCACAGCAAAAAUAGGAAAGUAAACAAAAGAAGAAACAUGAAAGGCACCAAUUUAGAGGCACAAAGAAUGGGGUUGUCACGCAUACAGCAGUGUAUAACGAAGAAUAAAUUGUAUAUCAAAUCAAAUCUAUUUUUAAAUUUUGUAAAUAAACUCUUUUGAAGAAA